UGUGUUUUGAGCGGCAUUUUUCUAUGUGUCAAAAUCGCGAGCAGUGUCAGUUGCCCCGAGUGAUCUGUGCCAAAAAGGGAAUCUCGUGUGCUUCGCUCAGGAGAUUAGAGAUACAAAAAUAGCUCGACAUUCGGCCAGAGACAACGUUUUGUGAGGACGGUGCUGUAUUGCUGCGCGAUAGCCCUUGUUUACUCGUCUCGACGCCUGUGACGCUGCGCUUGCUGCGCUUUUGAAACUCAAGAUGUUGCCCCGACUUUGUGCACUCGUCGUUUUCUUUGGAUUAGCAACUUGCAAAACUUGUCCCGAUCGUACGCCCUGUCAGAAAGAUAGCACAUGUUGCAAGCUGAAGGGUGGCAAGUACACCUGCUGCCCACUGCCAAAUGCCGUCUGCUGUCCGGACAAGGAGCACUGCUGCCCCCAGGGUUACAGCUGUGACAACGAGACAGAUGCCUGCAAACCAUCUGCAAGCUCCGUCCAACCCCUCCUGCAAGCCUUCGCCAACACGAGAACCAAAGAGAACUAUGUAACCUGCGGCAAGGGCGAAUACCUCUGCCCGGAUGACUUCACCUGUUGCAAGUCGGGGUUCGGGGUGUACAACUGCUGCCCCCUUCCCAAUGCCACAUGCUGCUAUGACGGCCAGCAUUGCUGUCCCUCCGGAACAAGCUGCGACUUGAGCAGAAGCCAAUGCACACUCAAUCCACAAGUUAGGCCUAAGGUCUUCUCGCUGAAGCCUGCUCAUCUGUUAGGCAACAUGACGCCCGGCUUCAUUUUCUGCGAUGACAAAACGAGGUGUGAUGAUACUGAAACAUGCUGUCCAAUAUCCAAAAGUACAUAUGGAUGUUGUCCCCUCCCAAAUGCUACUUGCUGCAAAGAUCUUCGUCAUUGUUGCCCUCAUGACUUGGUGUGUGGAGAAGGAGGUAUCUGUACCAGAUGGUCUGACCCCUUCACCAAGGCGACACUUGCAAAAGAGGUGGCCGGGAGGGCGACCAAGAUUGUCUGUCCUGAUGGGAAGUUUAAGUGUCCCGAUGGCUACACCUGUUGCAAAGCCCCAGACAGUUCCUGGAGUUGUUGUCCCCUGAAGAAUGCUGUCUGUUGUGACGACCACAUUCAUUGCUGUCCCGAAGGUUCCGUUUGCAACACCAGCAGGGGGAAGUGUCAGUCGAAGGUGAAUGGUUCCCUGCCUUGGAGUUUGAAGGUCAAGGCAAUUCCCAUUCUGUAGGACAUGUUUCCUAGAUAAUAGAGAGUUUUAGCAGAUCAUUUUUUCGCCCCGAUAACAAUACGUCUCUCCCUUCCGGCGGCAUGCUCACGGCCGCCGGAAGGGAGAGAAGGUAUUGUUAUCGGGGCGAAAAAACUAUCUGCUAAAACUCUUUUAUAGAAUGCCCUUGCUCCCUUGAGGAUUGUGAAUUUGCCAACCCCUUUUUGAUCACUCCAUUUUCUGUAUUACCUAGUUUUUUUUGCUAAAAGUCUGUCUUUAAGCCUUGCUUGUUAGGCAAUUGUCUCACUAAAGUGGCAAUGUAUUUUUUUGUAGCUAAGCCAGCCACUAUGCCACACCCAAGGCCACAAGCCUCGAAAAUGGUUUAGGAUAUAAGACUUUUACCAGAGAGUACCUUUACCCUGGGAAGGAUCAUUGCUCUACUUUGAUUAUCAAUGAACUUGAUCUGCUGCAAUUCAAUAGCAUGAUCAAACAAACAAAUAUUCAGAACUGAGUUACAGCUAUAUUACAACAGAAUGAAACUUAACUUGGUAGACUUUAGCACUAACCUAGACUAUUAAAAUCUUUCACCGUUUUUUCAAAGCAUUCUGUUGCUUCCUUGUUUUUCAUAAUGUGAGAACAAUAAAAGGCAUGCCUACAAUUUUUACAAAAUUUGUAAGCAUGUGUCAGUUUGGUCUAGAGGUGUAACCUUGCCCUUGCAGUCCUUCAAGGAGUGCUAGUAAAGCACAUAUUGGUGGUCAAGCAAGAGCUCUAAUUAAAGUGGCAGUGCAAUGGUAUUACAGUAAUUUUUGUUAUAUUGUUUAUCUAGGCACAAGCGAGAAAAAAAAAUGUCACAGCUUCCCCCCGAAAAUUGCUAUUCUGCUGCGUAAGCACGAAUGGAAAAACAAUUAAUUUGCCGAUAUGCAGCAACGUGUGGCGGUUAAGGGAACUGCGGUGCCACAUCACCGGAGUAUGCGCGGAAGUCGCCACAACCCGCCCCACUCUGCUUCUACGCUCACAGUAGUCCUGCAACAAACCGUCUUUUGUCUCAGACGCUCACUGCAACUUUUGCCGAUGCUAAUCCUCGAAAAGCAGAGUCACGGAGGGAGCGGCUGGAGGUUCUGAAGACAGAACCCAACGAGUGACCGGGUGGUCCCCCUGUGAUGUCACUCGAAAGACAGCACGAGAGUUGAGGGGCACCUUGACCUUCCAUUGGUUCCAUUCUUAAAAAUAAAAAAUAGCGUGCGCAAGAAAAAAAA